AAAGAGACCCCGAAUAACUCCACUCUUCUUCUGCUUGUUCUCUCCUCUUUCAGCUCAUCUUUCCAAGUCAACCUCCGCUCCUCUCUAGAGAGAGAAACUGGGUUGUUAAAGCUAUGGCAAACGGCUGUGCGUUGCUACAGAAUAGCUUUCCCGCUGGCGACCGUCAGGUCAUCUGUCCGAGACCUCGAAGGCUUUUUGCCGCCGCCGCCGCCGCCCGCCCUGUCCGCUGGAGCGCCGUUUUUCCCUCGGAAGCAUCGGAUCCGAAACCCGCUAACGACGCCAUAGAUUUCCUUUUCACAAAGCAAACGGAUCCUACGCCACCCUUUUUUUGUGGCUCGCCGCCGUCCAGAUCCGUUAACCCUGUUGUCCACGACGCCCGUUUUGGCGAAGCGGUUCCGGCCGGCCCUGUUCCUCUUGCUCCGGCGUUGAUCGGAACCGGAUCCGGAUCCGGAUCUGGAUCGGGUUCCUCGUCGGCUUCCUCGCGGAGUGGGUGUACCCGAGUCCGAUAUGGUCUCAUGGCCGCCGCCGUCCGCGUUGAGGGUUUUGAUUGCCUUGACCGUGAAAGCAGCCGAAGCCGCGGUAUCCCGGCCUUUGCAUAGGUGCUCCCGCAUGGUGGUAACAUGCGGUUGCUUUAAAAAAAUUUUAAAACAGUGCUUCUUUGAAGGGUAAGAGAGCACAAGCGAAAAUUAACAUAAUUUGGUGAGCCAAAGAUAAAAUUUGAGAUUAAUUAUAUAUUUACUUGUAAAUCUCAGAAGUUUUAAAACAUCUUUGAGAGAAUUUUGUGUAUGUAAAUAUUAUGAUGAAAGGAAGGUGAGAUUUUAAGAGAAUUUCA